CUUUUUCUUGUUUUUUUUUUUAAAGGCAACGACCAUCCAGUGUCCAGUGAUCUACAUAAAAUAUAGAUGUGUUCGCGAUGGCAUAUAAAAACGGAAUGCAGCAUAAUGGGAGUAAUCAGUAGCCUUCGAGAAUCUUACGAGAUGAGAGUUCUGAUUCUAUCCGCCUUCAUCGCCUGCGCGACCGCCGCGCCAUCUGCACCAGUGUUUGGUACACUAACACCUCUCACGGUGCCGUACAUCGCGAACAUUCCAACCAUAUCGCCUGGCGACAUCCAAGCUGCAGCUAUUGAUGCUAAAGUCAAAGUCGAAGACGCGUUAAGAGCAGCGGCUGACAGAAACCAAGAACUCCUAGAACAAGCCAUUGAAAAUCAGAACGAGAAAGUAAUUGAGGUUAACGAUUUACUCAAGGAAAAGAGUCAGGAGGCUUUCUGGUCUACUGAGGAUACGAAAUGGCAGGCAUUGACAGCUCUUCAGACGGCUGAAGCCAAAAUCGAUGGGACCCUAGCGAGCAACGCGGAUUUACUCGGUAAAGCCGUGCUUAAUGGCGUCGUGGUUUCUCCGGUCGUGAGUAGAAUCUACAGCAACGUUAUCCAAGGAGUUGCGGCUGCCGACUGCGAAACACCAGUAUUGAAGGCCGCUGAGGCUCCUGAGGGUAGCAAAGAUGAAGGUAAUAAGGAUUCCGUGCAAGUAGAGUCUUCAGCGACAGAGUCCGAAUCGGAUAAGGCUGCGGCUGGUUUUGUGAGGAAUUUAGAAGCCGCUCAAGCAGCCGCGCAAGCUCAGUUAUUAUCUGAAUCUUCGGCACCUACUGCAGACACAAGAGCAGCUAUUGCAGCUUCUUCAGAAGCCUCCGCUGCUGCUGCACCAGCUGCAUCACUUUCUGAAGCCUCAGCGCAAUCAGCUUCGGAAACAGGAGUCUCCGCUGCAUCUCUAUCUCAGUCACCAGUAGCCACACCUCUUUCUGCCGCAUCUAUAGCCCCGCUACCAUCUUCAUCAGUACCCUUAGCAGGUGUGCCAGCUUCAGCUAUUGCUGCGACUCCUCUGACAGCUGCAUCGUUAAUAGCAUCACCUCUGACGUUACCAACAUUGAAUCUUGAACAGCAGUGGGUGACAGGGCCGGUAUUCGUGCAGCCGGGUCUUAAAGCCAUCUCGCCAAUUUCGCUGCAGACUCCGUUUGUACCAACCUUACUUAAGACUCCCUGUUAACUAUAUUCAUUUAUAGGACCUCUUGGGUCUGUGAAUAAAUUACUAAGAUGCAAUGUUUGAAUUCUCAAACUUUUAAUAUGCAAUUGUGAAGCACCAUAUUGGGCGGAUACGAGAUUCAAUAAAUUUCAAUUUAAA